AUGGCCGCCACCCAGGCGCUCACGGGCGCUGCCAAACAACAUGCAAUCGAUACGUCGGGCCCAAUCCAUAAACAGCACUGGCUCGUGGCUAUCUGGGUCAUGUGCAGCCUCGCGCUCCUCACAGUCGGGGCGCGCAUCGCCAUGCGCUUCAUCACCCGCCGAAAGCUCUUCCUGGAUGACUACUUCCUGCUCAUGGCGAUUCCAUGCGUCGUCGUGGCCACAAGUGUGCUCCAAUGGGGCGCCGAAGGCCUGUUUGCGUACAAGGCACUGAUGUCCAACGCAGCCAUUGUGCUAGACGCCAACGACCUGGAAAAGCUGGUGCGGGUCAGCAUUGUCACGAGCAUUUUCGUCGACACCAGUUGGACUGCGAUAUUCUGCGUCAAGUUCUCGUUCCUGGCUCUCUUCCGCGUGCUGAUCAAGAACGUGUCGACGCACCUGUCGCGGUACUUCUGGUGCGUCGUCGUCAUCACGGCCGUUACCUGGGCAUUCCUCGUGGCGGAAACGUUUAUCUUAUGUGCGCACUUUGGAUGGGAAAGCUUGAAAUGCUCGGGGACGGGCUCCAGGCUAUACACGCCGCUGACUGUAGUCGUCACCGUGCUUGACAUCGUUACGGACGUACUGGUUGUCACUUUCCUAGUCGUCAUCCUGCGGAGGGCGCGAAUGGACCGGGCGCAGAAGCUGGGGCUGGGAGCGUUUCUCUCCCUGUCCAUCGUGAUGAUUCUGUUCGCCAUGAUCCGCGUGCUGGGAGCCAUUCGACCGGGCGAGGCGCAGCUCGAUGUAACGUGGGAGUUGUUCUGGCAGCUGAUGGAGGCUUGCACGGCCAUGAUGGCGGCUUCGGCUACAGUCUUCCGCACCAUUUUCCUGCGCCGCAGCCCAUCCCCCGGGCAUGCCCCACUGGAGUCGGCAUCAGACGGGAACUCAGCUGCGCCACGCCUGCCGCCGCUCCCUGCCGCGAAGCCGAUGAUGACGGAAAUAAGGUCGUUCAUCCAGCGCGAGAAUAUGGACGACAUUCAGCUUAUUCGGUAA